GAAAAAUGUCUAUACCAGCAAGAAAUGGUGCAAGAGUGAAAGAAACGAUGACGCCUUGACGGGGAAAUCCACAUUAUGUUUGAGUUUCCGGUGAUGGCAGAGAUUAAUUAAGGUUUACUUACAUAACAAGUUCACCAAACAAUAUAAAUUCGCUUUUAAUGAUAUUCAGUUUGAUGCCGUAACCAACAUACAAUAAAGGAGGGCAUGUUAUUUCCAAGGAGACUUGCUGUUAGUUUCAAGGACUUCAGCAUAUCAAGAAGCAGUGACAUGUUUUGAUAAUAAAGAGAAUGUUUUUUCCAAAAGGCAGCUGAAAUGAAAAAGGUAGUAGCAAGAGGAAAUGAUAGAAAAAGGAAACGCCAGUCCUCACCACUUGCAGGAACCCCUGUCAAUAAUAAGGUUAUUAAAAGAGCUGGACCCUAUCUUUUAGGGCCAAGACUUGGAAAUUCUCCUGUACGUAGCAUUGUUCAGUGUUUAGCAAGGAAAGAAAAAACUGAUGAUUUUUAUUCUAUCAAGAUUCUUACAUUACAAGAUCCUCAGGAAGAAACCCAAGAUGAUCGUCAAGGGAAGAUGCUGCUACAUACUGAAUACUCACUUCUGUCCCUCCUUCUGGACCAGAAAGGUGUAAUACAUCAUCAUGGACUUUUUAAGGAUGAAGCAUGGGAAGAAAAAGAACUCCAUACUGGAGAGCUGGUGUACACGGGCCAUACCAAGAAACGCCUCUGUCUGGUCCUGGAUUGUUUGUGCGCGCACACAUUCAGCAUGCAGACAGCAGAUUUUGUUAACCUCCAACAUUAUGUCAUAAAGGAAAAAAAGCUAUCAGAGAAAGAAGCCGUGUUUAUUUUUCAUGACGUUGUUCGUGUGGUGGCCUCGUUACAUCAAAGAAACAUUGUCCAUCGAGAUCUGAAGUUAGGUAACAUGGUUCUAAAUAAGCGUACUAGAAGAAUAACUAUCACAAACUUCUGUUUGGGGAAACAUCUUUUGAAUGAAAAUGAUCUCCUUAAAGAUCAACGGGGAAGUCCUGCUUACAUCAGUCCUGAUGUUCUGAGUGGGAAACCUUACCUGGGAAAGCCAAGUGAUAUGUGGGCAUUAGGAGUUGUUCUCUUUACUAUGCUUUAUGGUCAGUUUCCUUUUUAUGAUUCUGUUCCACAAGAACUUUUCCGGAAGAUUAAGGCAGCUGAAUAUGCAAUACCAAGUGAUGGACAUGUUUCAGAAAAUACUGCUCUUAUUAUUAGAAAACUUCUGAUUUUGAACCCUAAACAACGAAUGACAGCAGAACAAGUAUUAGAUAGUCUUCAGACAACAUUUGCUUUAUGGUGGGCAAAAAUUAGUGUGGCCAAUCAUGAAAAUGAUUACCAGGUAGUUCCUGAUGAAGAAGAAAAGAAGGGCGUAGAAAAAGAUGAAAGUUCUGUAGGUUGGGUUUCAAGCACCAACCAAAAGCUAACACCAAAUCUUGCUCAUCAUGGUGACUUGCCUCUGAAUAAUAGCUGUCCUGCUCCAGAAGGAAUGACAGGUAAAGAGCGUGCUGUAAUAGCUCCAAGGAGACGGUUGCCUGGCAACAUACCAGUGAUGCGCGUUAACCAAGAUGCUCGUCCUCUUACACCAUCAGAAAUAAUGAACUUUAGACAUCUUCUCCCAGGAAGUUCUUGAAAUCUUUUGGUCUUGUGAAAAUGGAUUGUAUGAUUAACUAGUAAUUGUGACUGUCAGUUAGAUACAAUGAAUCUAUUCAGAACUGCAUACAGCAUUAAUGUGGAGGGAAUGAAAUCUGCAGUGGUGUUUCUAAGGGAAGGAAGAAAUGGUUCAUAUCUAAAGUAAUUGUCUUUAUAUGUUAAUCAUGUUCAUUAUUAUAGAAACAAAAUUUGAUGCAGCUGGUGAGAAAAAAUGGUGAUGUCAAAUUAAAUCAUAUAAAAUUUAAAACUGAUUUGAAACUUUUUGUUACAUGCAGCUGCAGAUUUUUGAAAUUAAAAGGUAUUUGAGUAAAAAAAAAAAUGUUAGUUGAAAAUGGUUUUGAGUUUUCAACGAAAUAGCCGAGAAUCAAAGUGAUUAGUGUACAGGAUUUUGAGCUGUGGUAUUUGGAAUGAUUCCUUUAUACGUUUUUACCAUGUAAAAGAAAAUCAAUGUUUUAUUUUACAUUGUGAAUUAUGUAAAAUAUUGUUUUGAUAGCUAUGAGAUAUUUGUGUGCGUAGUUAUUGUUUAAGGCUUUUUUCCAGUGCUUAAUAGUUGUCGGAUCAUUUACGUGCAUCUAGUGCUAAACUAUAAAACAAGAAACCCAAUAACCUGAUAGCUUUCAGAAAGUAGGCAUUCCCUGUUUAAGGGUAAGUUGGGACACGUACCAUUAUUCUAGUUUAACGUUUAUUAAGUUCCCAGUCUUCUGGUUGACUUGAUUUUUACCAGUCAGCUUUAAAUAAGGAAGCAUUAACUUUUAAAAGUUCUCUUUGAAAAGAUUUGUAACAUAAAAAUAUGAGCCAUAUAAUAAGUUUCAAUGUGCAUGAGUUUUAUUUGCUAUGCUGUAACAAAACUUGGUUAAAAAAUUCAUUAUUCUCUUCAUUUAGAAAAAGUAUAAUCAAUAUAUAAGAACUACAUUGGAAUGUUACUAUACAUUGUUACAUGUUUUGAUUGGAUUAUUAUUAUUAUUUUUUAAACCAGUAGCUUGUUUUUCAAGUAACUCCCCCUGCUAAACAUAUUAGAAUGUUUAAACAUGGUUUUAAAGUCAUCAUAUAAUCUUAGUUUUUAAAAAAGUGACAUCAGGACUAAUAUGUGAAGUGUAAUUUGUGUUGUUUCUUUAAAUUUAAAUGUGAUGAUGUAAAUUUUUGGUUGCUAGUAAUAAUUUUUUUUAAUAUUGGAAACGACAAUUAUAGGUAGUUCCAUUAUAAAUAUUCCAUUAAAAAAAAACGUUUUUGGAGGGAAAACUUUGAAACUUGGGUGAUCUUUAUUCUGUCUUUGAUAUUUGUUAUUAAGUUUCAUUGACAAAAAAUACUUUUUACGUAGUUUCAUGUAAUUUCUGUGCAAGUAUUCUUUAAUCGUUUUAUUUAAACAGCUUAUGUGUCGUUGUUAUAAAAUAGUUGUUUGGUAAAAUAUUUAUUUUUUGACAGUAGUGACUUCAGUUUUUUGUUGGCUGUAAUUUUUCGCUAAUAAAGACAUAGAAAUUGUG